AUGGAGUUGGAGAUGGAGGAGACCAUAAUAAACAUAAUCUAUGGUGUUUGCCUCAAGAAUCAAACGAUGGGAACUGCUCAUCAUCAAGUUGAUGGUUGUUUGCGCUUUGUUGAGGAUCAAGAAAGGCCUCAUCUGCUCAGGUGUCGAAACUGUGCUUGUCAUCGUAGUUUCCAUUGGAGGCAAAUUUACGUUGGCCAUGGCCGUGGUCAUGGUGGUGGUCGUGGUGUUGAGGCUGGUCGUGGUCAAGGAAGAGGUCGAGGUCGUGGUAGGGGGCGUGGACGUGGGCGUGGUAAUGGAGGGGGAGGUGAUGAUGAUGAUGCCUCUUCAACAUCCUCUACUAUUACCAACGAGUUGUUGUCUAAUCAAUGUGAUGUAGGUUUAUGGCUUAAUGGGUUUACAAUGGGUUGCCUCUACAUAACUUACGAAGAAAGGAAAGAUAAUGGUGUUGCUCGACAGUGGUUUAAGUGA